AUGACGUUCGGUGACAUGGCAGCGACGCAGCGUGCGGCGAGGAGACGACAUAAGAAGGAGCUCGCGGACGCGGCGGCAGCCAUCGAGUCGCGCGACGGGACCGACGCCCACUGUGCGCGGGGAGCAGCGGGGAUGAACGAGGAGGAGCGGCUGCGCUACAACGAGGAAAUGGGGUACCAGAUGGAGCCCUUCAAUCUGGACCAGGAGAACCGCGAGGGCCGCUUCGACGAGGACGGGCACUACGUCCCGCACUCGCUCGAUCAGAUCCUGGAGGAUCCGGACGCGUGGCUGCAGCAGAUCACGGACGCCACCCCAACCGCAACCCUCGCGACCGCAGCGCCCGCGCAGCCGCGGCCCCCGCCCGCCCCGGCGCCCCCGCCGCGCACGACCGACGCGCACGCGGAGAUCGACGACGUCCCGGGUGCCCUGAGUCAGGUGGCUGACAUGCUGCAACACCCCCAGGAGACGGUGUUCGAGGGCCUGCGCAGGAUCGGGGGGCGGCGGGGCAGCGCGCCGGCGUCGUCCUGGGUCACGUCGGACGCGCUGCCGGCGUUCCACAGGCUGACGGACCUCUCCAGCGGGUUGCUCGCGGCCGGCGAGGUCGGGAUCUACUCGCUGGACAAGGCCGCGCUGCAGCGGCGCGCGGAGCGCCUCCGCAACGCCAGUUUCACGCACCAUGACACAGGGGGUGCGUCGCUGCCGCGGGACGAGGGCGGAGAGGAGAUGGAGGAGAGGAUGCACGGCGGCGGAGGUGGCACGGAGCAGGGUGCGCUGGACCCGAUGCGGCAGCUGGAGUUGGCGCUUGAGGGGGGCAAAAACACUCCUAGUUGA